AGAACGCAAGUACGGCCGAUCUCAUAGGUCCCCUGGGCUCUACCGGAAGGGGCCUGACGUCGCCUCUCUACGUUGCGCUCUUGAUUGAAUCGCUAAAAUAAGCUACAGCUGUCUUACCUACAGCUUUAUUAACCGCAAGUUUUUCUCUAAAACACAGCACUGGUAAUCUUACUAUCCUUGCCAAGAAAUGGUUCUGGGGGAAGGUCAUCAAAGGUUUAUCCAGACCAUGAUGAUCAGGGGUAUCGUAAACGAACAAGAGGCCAAGACGCUCCAUCAACACUGCUGUGAGGUCCACAAAGAGCACUAUGUUGCAGACAAACUCGAAGAGUUCAUCCAGGUGGUCAACUCUAAGCUGGAGUCCUUGAAUAUGCAGAUCAGGACGCGUGCUUCAGAGGACGACGGCAUGACAUGCUACGCUCUGGUCAAUACAGCAAACAACGAACUCACCAGGAUGUCAUCCGACUACGCAGACAAUGAGUUGGAACUAUUCAGGCGAACGAUGGACCUGAUAAUGUCUUCGGACGACAGCACAGCUUCCUCCACAGACAUCCUGAACAUGGCAGACAGUCUACAGACCCGGAAGCUGACAAAGAGCGCUGCAGAGUGCCUGCUGAAACGCCUGGUGUCCGAUAACUGGCUUGUAGAGAAACAAGGAGACUACAGCCUGUCGACGCGGUGCGUCAUGGACAUGGAGCCAUACAUCCGGACCAUGUAUGAUGAAGAGCAGGUGAAGGUGUGCGCCGUGUGCCACUGUCUGGCCUUCAAGUACCAGAUAUGUGCAAACCCUCUGUGUACUGUAAAGAUCCACAACCCAUGUGCCGAGAAAUACUUCAAGAAGAAAGCGGUGCAGAGAUGUCCGGAAUGCAGUGAGCUUUGGCCUAAUAAAGUCAGAGAGUGCAGACAAUCUCUCUCUCAGCGUCAAAGAUGAAGGCUGGUUUCCUUGGGUAACAAUAAUAAACGAAUGAGUUUCAGUUUCAGUUUCUUCUUCCAAAGGCUUGUCUUUUUUUACCUUGAUAUUAAACAUUUCCCUUGAAUAAUGUCUUUUAUUACUAACAAAUCUCAUGAAAGCUGAGCACCAAACCCUAAAUGCCCCAUACGAGCUGGCUGUCGCCCUGCAUGGCCGACUCCGCCUUCGCUGUGUGUAUUGAUGGUUGUAAGUAGCUUUGGAUAAAAGCGUCUGCUGAAUGCCCUCAAUGUAAAUGUAUGGAGCAAACAUUUCUAAUGAGUUUCUAAAGCGGAGUUAUAUACUUUAAUUUAAGACUUUAACUAUAUUUUCUCGCUGAAUUCUGAGAGUACGCUUUUAUCAUCAUAAUGUAAAGUUUUUAUGAUCCUUUCUAAAUUCAAAUUCUUGUAAUACAAAUCUAGAAAGCAGCCUAUAACCUAAAGCACAUAGAAAUGCAUCAUAACUGAAGUUAAAUGAAUAUAAUCUCCAGAUUGGUUUAAUAACAUGAGACAUAGGAAUGAUAUAUCCAAUGCGUAUUAACUGUUAUAAAAUAGAUCAGUGGUUCCUAGUUUGCCUAGACCAGGUGGGGCAUGAAAUGUGGGAUUCUAAGUAUUCAUGACUGGGAUACAGUAACUCCAAUGAGCAAGUGUAUAGAUAUAUAAUUAUGAUUUAUCAUUUGCUUUGCUUUUAGAUAUUUCAGUGUAAUUUCAAUACAAUGCAUUCAUUGAUACAUUUUUCACAGUUACUUUAUUACCCUGUAUGCGUGUUAUUUUUUGGACAAUCUGUGAAAUGAGUUGCUAAAACUUCCAAUAACAUGUCAGAAUGUCAGAGACAUCUUCCAUAAUGAUCCCCAGUAUGAGCCUGAUGGCCUGCACCUGGGUCGGAACUGAGCAUAGAAGAGUGGGUUUAGGGUGGAGUUGAUGGGGUACUCAAUUGGCGGACUCCACUCCGGAUCAGGACCCAAACACAAUGAAAUUCAGACCUAGACGAAAAUCAAUAUUCCAAUAUUUUUUAUAUGACCUAAGCGAGAUUUCAUUGGCGUUUGAUUUCAGGAUGUGUUUCCAAUCACGUAUCUACCUCGUGCCCAAUCCAAAUGUUCUAUCAGCUGUUGUGUAAUAACUAUUUCCUUCAGCUAAAUGAGGACUAAACCGAGAUAAUUGUAUUUGGUGCUAAAACGGAAAGGCUUAAAGUAACCCAACACCUUCACUCUGUCCCUGGAAACCUCAAUCGAAGCCAGAAAUCUAGGGAUUAUCAUGGAUUCAGAUUUACAUUUCAACAGUCAUAUCAAAUCUGUUAAAUCUGCAUAUUAAAAAUGUAGCAAGAAUUAGAGGGCUCAUGCCCACGAAGACUUACAAAAACGUGUACAUGCCUUUAUCACCAGUAAGCUUGAUUAUAGCAAUGGUCUCCUUACAGGUCUCCCAAAAAAACUAAGGAAAAUUCAGCUUGUUCAGAAUGCUGCUGCUAGAGUUCUAACAAAGACAAAAAAUUUGAACACAUUACACCAAUUCUUAAAUCAUUACAUUGGCUUUCUGUAGGUCAGAGAAUUGAUCCUAAAAUCAUGUUGCUAACCUAUAAAUCCUUACAUGGUUUAGGGCCAAAAUAUUUAACUGAUAUGCUUCCACUACAUAAGCCUUCUAGACCACUAAGAUCUUCUGAGACCAAUCUGUUAAUUAUCCCCAGAGUAAACACGAAACUUGGGAAAGCAGGAUUUAGUCACCAUGCAACAAAUAGUUGCCUGGAAUAAACACCCUGAGGAUUUAAGUAUUGCCUCAACUCUGACCACCUUCAAAACAAGACUGAAGACUUUUGUUUGCUUCAGCUUUCUGCUAAAUCUUAAAUAUAUAGCACUUUCUAAAAUGCUUUAACUUAACCUUUAUUUUCUAUUUUAUUAAUAAAAUGCCUUUUUAACUUUGCCUUUAAUUUCUAUUUUUAACAGAAAGAUACAUGAUCUGAUACCGGAGAGAAAGGAUAAGGGUUUGAGACCCAAGUUCUGUCUGGGUUAGAGUUCUAGAAUCUGGGUUGGAGUCCCAGAGAAAGGACCAAGUUCCUUUAGGUCGGGUUGGAUUCCCGACGUGGGUACCGGAGAGACUGUUGAUCGUUCAUCAUUGCCCUUUCUAAAAUGCUGAUCUAUUUUACUCAUUUUUUGCAUAUGUUUUCUUUUACUUAUCUAUUUUAUUUUAUUGUAUGACAAUGUUUAUACAUGAAGCACUUUGAGUCUGCCUUGUGUAUGUAAGUGCUGUAAUAAAGUUGCCU